AACAUACCCAAAGUUUGGACACAAAAAUUCCUUUUCUGAUACCAGUUGUUACCUCCGCGUUACAUGCCAAUAUAAAACCCCCCCUUCCAUCCUCCGUUUUUCAUUUUCCAAUCUUCUUCUUCUUCUUCUUCUUAUAAACCCACCAUUUCUUCCCCUCUCCUCUCUUUUCUUCUCACAAUCUUCUACUUCUUCUAAAUCCACCAUUUUUUCUCUUCUCUUCUCAAAAUAAAUAAUCUCUCCCAACUCCAAAAACCCAUCCAUCAAAUUUAAAAUACUCCUCUCAUCCAUCCCAAAUCAGCCAUCCCAAAUCAAAAUGCACAACCCAAAUAUAUGGGGAGGAACAUACGAAGUACAACUAAGAAACAAAGAAGGGGAAGAUGAAAGAAGUAGAGAAAUGGAAGAUUGGGAUAAAUCAAGUUUAUUAUACCAAGAACACCUCCAUAAUAAUCAUAAUCAUACACAGGAAUUAGAUGAUGUUCAGCAAGGAUGGUUAUUAGCACCACCAGAUAAAAAUCGUAAGAAUAGGAAGAACAAAUAUGUUGAUUUGGGAUGCAUUGUUGUAAGCAAUAAAGUUAUUAAAUGGGGGUUUUGGUCAUUUGUUGUUGCUUUUAUUGUGAUUGCUAUGCCGAUUAUCAUUGCUAAGUCUUUACCUAAGCAUAAACAUGGCCCUCCUCCGCCCGAUAAUUUUACUCUUGCUCUUCAUAAGGCUCUCCUCUUCUUCAAUGCCCAGAAAUCGGGGAAAUUACCCAAGAAAAAUGGGAUACAUUGGAGAGGAAACUCAGGAUUAAAAGAUGGAUCAAAGUUAACAGAUGUAAAAGGAGGCCUUGUUGGUGGAUAUUAUGAUUCAGGAGAAAAUACAAAGUACCAUUUUCCUAUGGCAUUUUCAAUGACAAUGCUUAGUUGGAGUGUUAUUGAAUACCCUCACAAAUAUGAAGCCAUUAAUGAGUACGAUCAUGUUCGUGAACUAAUCAAAUGGGGUACUGAUUAUCUGCUCAAGACUUUCAACAGUUCCGCCACUCUAAUCGACAAAGUUUAUAGUCAGGUUGGUGGUGCACAAAAUGGAUCCACUGUCCCAAGUGACUUGACAUGUUGGGAGAGGCCAGAAGAUAUGGACUACGAAAGGCCCGUACAAACAACUACUGCAGGGUCUGAUCUAGCCGGAGAAAUGGCCGCAGCCUUAGCAGCCGCCUCUAUUGUCUUUCGAGACAAGCAGCCCUAUGCCAAGAAACUCAUCAAAGGGGCAGAAACUUUGUUUCGAUUUGCUAGAGAUAAUGGGAAAAGGGCCCCGUAUAGCAGGGGGAACCUUUUCAUUUCCCCUAACUAUAACUCCACAGGGUACUAUGAUGAAUACAUGUGGGGGGCUACUUGGUUGUAUUAUGCCACCGGGAAUAAAACCUAUGGUUCUUUGGCUACUAAUCCCGGUAUUCCUAGGAACGCAAAGGCUUUUAGGAUGAACUCGAACACGAGUUACCUGAGCUGGGAUAACAAGUUGCCUGCAGCAAUGUUGUUGUUGACAAGGUUUAGGAUGUUCUUAAAUCCUGGGUUCCCGUAUGAGCAGACAUUGGCGCAAUACCAUAAUGUUACGCAGCUUAAUAUGUGCUCUUACCUUAAGCAAUUCCAAGUUUACAAUUGGACUCGAGGGGGAUUGAUUGAGCUGAACAAUGGAGGGCCAAAGCCAUUACAAUACGUAGUGAACUCGGCGUUUUUGGCAAAUCUGUUUGCAGAUUACAUGGAUGCUACAGGGGUUCCAGGAUGGUAUUGUGGCCCUUAUUUUCUCCGUCAAGCUGAUCUUCGUGCCUUUGCAAAAUCUCAGGUUGAAUACAUUUUCGGCAAGAAUCCAUUAAAAAUGAGUUACAUAGUAGGGUUUGGAAACAAGUACCCGAAACACGUACAUCAUCGGGCUGCAUCCAUACCCUACAAAAACGGAGUUAAAUACUCUUGUAAAGGAGGUUUUAAAUGGAGAAAUAGCAAAAAGCCCAACCCAAAUACAAUUAUUGGGGCUAUGGUCGGUGGGCCGGAUCGUUUUGAUAAGUUUAAAGAUAAUCGUCAAUUGGACCGAUACACUGAGCCCACAUUGGCUGGAAAUGCCGGUCUAGUAGCGGCUCUUAUCUCAUUAACUUCCACCACCGGUUAUUCCGGAGUUGACCGGAAUUUAAUAUUUUCUGGUGUUCCGCCACUUUACACACCGGCUCCACCACCGCCACCACCGUGGAGGCCUUGAGUGGAGACUUUUGUAAAUUGAAAAGCUUUUGAAUAUUUUAAUUGAUUUUCGGCAGUAUUUUUACUUUUAAACACGGUUUUGUGCAUUAUUUAUAUAUACAAAACUAGGAUCAAUUCUUACGAUAAACUGUCAUAACAAAUUGUUGUUUUGUGGAUGAUAUUAGUAAAUUAAUUUUAUUAUUUCUUCA